GGUGGGCAAAGCCGAGCCGUGGCGGAGGAGAAGGAGGCGGCGCUGGGCAAGGUUAGCGGCAGGAGCGCGGCUCAGUAGUGGCCGAUCGGGUCUGUGGGGCCGUGCAGAGCCGAGCCCCUGCUGUGGGACCAUGCCAUCCUACACGGUCACGGUGGCCACAGGCAGCCAGUGGUUCGCGGGCACCGACAACUACGUGUACCUGAGCCUAGAGGGCACGGAGGGCUGCAGCGAAAGGCACCUCCUGGACAAACCCUUCUACAACGACUUCGAGCGCGGCGCGGUUGACUCCUAUGAUGUGACUGUAGAAGAAGACCUUGGAGAAAUUCAGCUAAUAAAAAUUGAGAAACGGAAAUACUGGUACCAAGAUGACUGGUACCUCAGGUAUAUCACUGUGAAAAUGCCAAUGGGUGACUAUCUGGAGUUCCCGUGUUACCGCUGGAUUACAGAUGAAAAGGAGGUUGUCCUUCGUGAUGGAAGAGCAAAGCUCGCCCGUGAUGACAAGACUCAGAUUCUCAAGCAGCACAGACGCAAAGAGCUUGAGACUCGUCAAAAGAUGUAUCGCUGGAAAGAGUGGCAUCCAGGCUUUCCCCUGAGCAUUGAUGCUGCUUCUCACAGUGAUCUGCCUCGUGACAUCCAGUUUGACAAUGAAAAGGGAAUUGACUUCAUUCUGAACUACACCAAAGCGAUGGAGAAUCUUUGUAUCAACCGCUUCAUGCACAUGUUCCAGUCCUCCUGGAGUGAUUUUGCAGAUUUUGAGAAGAUCUUUGUCAGAAUCAGCAACACAAUCUCUGAAUAUGUGAUGCAGCACUGGAAGGAAGAUUUUAUGUUUGGCUACCAGUUCCUGAAUGGAUGCAAUCCUGUGCUGAUCCGGAGAUGCACAGAGAUACCCAAGAAGUUGCCUGUGACUACGGAUAUGGUAGAAUGCAGUCUGGAGAGGAACCUAACCCUGGAGGAGGAAGUAAAGCAAGGAAACAUUUUCAUUGUGGACUAUGAGCUGCUGGAUGGUGUGGAUGCCAAUAAAACAGACCCAUGCACAAUGCAGUACUUGGCUGCACCCAUCUGUCUGCUGUAUAAGAAUCUGGAGAAUAAAAUUGUACCUGUUGCAAUCCAGCUUGGUCAAAAGCCUGGGCCGGACAAUCCCAUAUUCCUUCCUUCAGAUGCCACAUAUGACUGGCUGCUAGCUAAAAUCUGGGUUCGCUCAUCAGAUUUCCACAUCCACCAAACGGUGACCCAUCUCUUACGGACACACUUAGUCUCAGAGGUGUUCAGCAUAGCUAUGUUCCGGCAGCUGCCUGCUGUACAUCCCCUCUUCAAGCUCUUGGUGCCACACAUGCGCUUCACGAUAGCCAUCAAUACCAAAGCCCGAGAACAGCUUAUCUGUGAAUGUGGUCUUUUUGACAAGGCAAAUGCUACAGGUGGAGGAGGACAUGUACAAAUGGUGCAGAAAGCAAUGAAGGAUCUGACUUACAGCUCCCUCUGCUUCCCUGAGGAGAUCAAAGCUAAAGGGAUGGACAGCAAAGAAGAUAUCCCCUACUACUAUUACCGGGAUGAUGGCAUUAAAGUGUGGGAGGCUGUAAAGAGUUUCGUAGAGGAUGUCAUUCAAAUCUACUAUGAGAGUGAUGAGGUGGUGUGUGAGGAUGUGGAGCUCCAGGCCUUCACCAAAGAUAUUUAUGUCUAUGGGAUGAGAGGUGUGAAGUCCUCAGGAUUUCCUAAAAUGAUCAGGACACGAGAGAAGCUAGCAGAAUAUCUCACAGUGAUAAUAUUCACCACAUCGGCCCAGCAUGCAGCUGUGAAUUUUGGUCAGUAUGACUGGUGUUCCUGGAUUCCCAAUGCCCCACCAACAAUGCGCUGCCCUCCUCCAACAGAAAAGGGGACAGUCACCAUUGAGCAAAUUGUGGAGAGUCUCCCAGACAGGGGACGUUCUUGUUGGCAUCUUGGAGCUGUGUGGGCCUUGAGCCAAUUCCAGGACAGUGAACUGUUUCUAGGCGUGUACCCAGAUGAACACUUUGUGGAGAAGCCAGUGAAAGAGGCUAUGGUAAAAUUCCGCAAGAAUCUGGAUGAGAUUGUCAACGCCAUCGCUGAGCGCAACAAGAAAAAAAAGCUUCCUUAUUAUUACCUUUCCCCAGAUCGCAUUCCCAACAGUGUUGCUGUUUGAGCAGAUACGGAGAGUUUGGAGGCAUGUAAAGCUAAUGAGGCUUUCCUGCUACGUAUGCUUCUUUUCAAUGAACUCUCAGAAAUUGAUAAAGAAACCCAGCCCCUUCAUUACAGCUGAUUCAUCAUCUAUGUGGACUUUCAAAACAAAUUUGAUUAUGACUGAUCUUGCAGGCAAAGUCUAGUUGACAACCUUCUAGGUCAAAUUUAUUACAACUUUAUUUUUCCAGGAUUUAUUAAUCUUAGCAUCAAUAUUCAUGUUUCUGUUAGCUUUCCCUCGCCUGGACAAAACAAUAUAAUCACAGAUUCACUUAUUAAUGUUAAAUA